GGUUGGUAUCCACGAACGAAGCUGAAGCUGUAAGUGUCAAAUAACAGUCUGGAUUUACAAGUCGUCACUCGAUUCUAAACUUCACUGAAAUAGGCAGUGAAUUAGAAAAAGGAUUAAUUGAAUGAAGCGGAAGAUGAUCAGCAAAAUCAUAACUGUGACAGUUGUCAUCUUGACCAUCGCCAGUACGAAAAUUAAUUUGGUCAGUACACAGGAAAUUAAGGGAGCUGAAGAGAUGGGUAAUCAGAACCAGGUCAGCGACAUCAAAACGAACUCUGUCACUACGAAAACAGAUAGCGUUUCCCAGGUAAAUACUACCUCGCAGAAUGCCACAGAUCUCACCCAUGCAAAAGUUGAAACCCAAACGACAGAGAUGAAAACGACGAAUUCAACAGUAGCUGAGAGUGUUAUCGCAGAUAAUGCAGUUCACCAGGCCCAGCCAUCGGCAGAACCGCCGAUAGUCAGUAGCUCUUCUUCAACGGAAUCGAAAACCCAAACGACGGAGAUGAAAACGAACAAUUCAACACUAGCUGAGGGUGGUAUCGUAGAUAAUGCAGUUCACCAGGCCCAGCCAUCGGCAGAACAGCCGAUAGUCAGUAGCUCUUCUUCAACGGAAUCGAAAACCCAAACGACGGAGAUGAAAACGAACAAUUCAACACUAGCUGAGGGUGGUAUCGUAGAUAAUGCAGUUCACCAGGCCCACCCAUCGGCAGAACCGCCGAUAGUCAGUAGCUCUUCUUCAACGGAAUCGAAAACCCAAACGACGGAGAUGAAAACGAACAAUUCAACACUAGCUGAGGGUGGUAUCGUAGAUAAUGCAGUUCACCAGGCCCAGCCAUCGGCAGAACAGCCGAUAGUCAGUAGCUCUUCUUCAACGGAAUCCAAAACCCAAACGACAGAGAUGAAAACGAACAAUUCAACAGUAGCUGAGGGUAGUAUCGCAGAUAAUGCAGUUCACCAGGCCCAGCCAUCGGCAGAACCGCCGAUAGUCAGUAGCUCUUCUUCAACGGAAUCCAAAACCCAAACGACGGAGAUGAAAACGAACAAUUCAACACUAGCUGAGGGUGGUAUCGGAGAUAAUGCAGUUCACCAGGCCCAGCCAUCGGCAGAACCACCGAUAGUCAGUAGCUCUUCUUCAACGGAAUCCAAAACCCAAACGACGGAGACGAAAACGAAGAAUUCAACAAUAGCUGAGGGCCGUGCCGAAGGCAACGCAAUAGUUCAGACCAAGCAGGCGAAUGAACACACAACUAACAGUUCUCCAGUGACACAAGACACAAUCGGGAAGGAGAAAACAGCAACAGAAGAUGCAGCAGUCGUUCCAGGCGGGGGAACAGCUGUUCUAUCUAAUGGAACGUUAAAUUCAGUUAAUGACCUUAAUGUGCAACGGAUGCCGUUGGCCAACAGUCAGCACCAGGAAUUACCUUUCUCUCCACAACAAAAAUCCUUGUCACACACUAACCGAGAUAUCGACUUAGCUUUACGAAUCGCUCCAAGCGAUCCAACCGAUAAUGGGUCAAAAUCCUCAUCAGGUACCGCCGAGAUUCCACCACAAUCCACUGGAGGAACUACUUUCAAACCUCCAAGCCCCAGCGAAACUCCAGUGGAAUUCUCAUCAAGUGGAUUCAAGCCUCCGCAACCUGAGAUUGCAAAACCAGUUCUGCCUGCUGAAAAUCUGGUUUCCGUUAGCGAAGUUGUGCAGUCUCCAGUAGCUCGUACGGGUGCUUCGAACGGUCAGGCUCACAAUCCAAUAGAAUCCUCAUUAGGUGCUUCCGAGAUUCCACGACAAUCCACUGGAGGAACUACUUUCAAACCUCCACGCUCCAGCGAAACUCCAGUGGAAUUCUCAUCAAGUGGAUUCAAGCCUCCGCAACCUGAGACUGCAAAACCAGUUCUACCUAAAGAAUAUCUGGUUUCCGUUAGCGAAGUUGUGGAAUAUCCAGUAGCUCGUAAGGGUACUUCGAACGGUCAGGCUCACAAUCCAAUACAAUCCUCAUUAGAUGCUUCCGAGAUUCCACGACAAUCCACAGGAGGAACUACUUUCAAACCUCCAAGCCCCAGCGAAACUCCAGUGGAAUUCUCAUCAAGUGGAUUCAAGCCUUUGCAACCUGAGACUGCAAAACCAGCUCUACCUAAAGAAUAUCUGAUUUCCGUUAGCGAAGUUGUGCAGUAUCCAGUAGCUCGUAAGGCUGCUUCAAACGGUCAAGCUGACAAUGGAAUAGAAUCGUCAUCAAGUGGUUCCGCACUUCCACAGUACAACAUUAUGCAGUAUCCCAAAUUUAAUCAGGAUUCAACUACAAACGUCGGGCUAGAGCCGCCGGUAGCUGUUACCUCUGUCCCAAAACGUGAAAGUGCAAAAAAAUCCUCAUCAGGCGGACCUGGUAUUGGGCAGUAUGAAAUUUUAGGAUAUGUGAAAAUCGAUGAGAAUUUCGAUUCACCUCAUCAACCUGCGACACAACUUCCUGCGGUUGAUAGACGGCCCCCAGAGGAUAACACAAAUAAUAGGAGAAGAUUUUUACCAAAUGGCUGUAGAAUACCGAACUACGAGAUGGUAGGAUGUAUUAAAUCUUCGGAAGUUCCCUGAAAAAUACCCUCAACUUAUGUAUCUGCGUGUCUGCAAACUGACUUCGUCGUCUUCAAUGCCAGUUGAAAGCUACAUGGGCGACGAGUAGAUAAACGGUAACGACUAGUGUACUUGUUACCAUAAUUGGAAAUCCCACUCUAAUGACAUGAAAUAAAAAAAAAAUACAUAUAAAACGA